AUGUCAGAUAACGAGGUUGAGGCUAAAACCCACGGCAUUAAACGAACCCGUUCUUCAUCCGGUACUCUUUCGUUGGUCAAUGAAGAUGACAGUGAAAUGAGACUUGAAUCUCAAGAAACACGGGAAUAUCUCAAUCCCAUCGUAUAUAUCGAGUAUGAUCCCAGUAAAUACGAUGACAACGCGCCGGAGUCUUCCAACUCCAAACUAGCGGCGCAGAAUCCGGAGUCCUUUAAGCAAGAAUCUUUUGUAUCCUUGAAACCACAGACUUCAAAAUCGAGAAUCACAAGAUCCAUGUCUAGAUCUUUACCUUCUAAUAAAGCCGUAGCUGAAAAGGUAACAUUGAAGAAGACAGCAUCUGACAAAGAUAAGGCUGUUUCGAAAAAAGCUGCUUCUAGUCGAGCCUCCUCUUCAGUUAGUUCUAUAGACAGUAUUUCCUCUGCUAAGGAGAGAAAAAGUAGUGAUCAACAAAACCGGACUAAUUCCCAACGACUGCAGUUGUUGGAUGCCGUCUUGGAAGAAAUUGACGUUUUGAAUUGGGAGACUGUGGCGGAGAAGGUUGACGGUAAAAGUUCGAGAUCGUGCAGAAAUCAGUGGAAGAAGAUGAUCGGCGAUUUGAGAAGUUCGUUGACAAAUGAUAAAUGA